AAUCUGAACCACCCACUCGUUUUUCAUCCGUAGCCACUGGCAACCAUCUCAUUCGUUUCUAUAACGUACCUAUUUGCGAAUGCUCUGUCUACGUCUGUCUUUACGAUAAACCUAUCAUAUUCACACCAUCAUGUCCGCAAAUUCCUCGACACCCAACAUUCCUCGACCACUUCAACUUGUAGAUGGCAAUGUUCCAUCGCCCAGGCUGACCUCGCCUCCUGCAAUUGAUUCCCCUCGAGGAAGCUGUCCUACCCCCCUUUCUCCUGCAGCAUCAACACCGACAUCGUCUAGAAGACCAGCUUCUCAGAACCCUCGACGUCAAUCGUCUAUUUCAUACUUCCCUAGUGACCAUACUCGUGUUCUUGACUUGCGCUCUCCGUCAAGUUCUUCGAGUUUCUCUUUUACAGCUACUGUGAGAAGAAGUAACUCCCUUGGCGUGAAACGCGGGGAGUCUGUUAAUAGCGUGUCGAGAGUUAGAGGUGAUCGAAGAAGCUUAGGUUUGGAGAAUCUCAACGGAGGUACUACAGUUGAACGACCGCCAUUGACUCUGACCGAGAAACACGCUGACCUUCUAAGUUUCAUCGCUCAGAAGGAAGCCAAAUGUCUCGAACUACGCUCACAACUGGCCAUCCAUGAAGCAGAGCUAAACCAGCUCAAGCGCAAAUGGGAGCGGAUUGUGAGCAGGGGGAUGGACCGUGCAUAUAGCACUCCCCCUUCUUCUGCAACAUCUCAGUCGUCUAAACCCGCGUCCUCUGCUCCAUCGAGCGUACUGCCGACUCCGCUUUUGAGCUCAAGCAAUGGUGCCGUUUUGGAUGGCAUCAAGGAGGGAGUUCAUGAGGUUGGAAGGUUCCUGGCGGGAGGGCUUAGUUCUACAUCGACAUCAGAGGUUUUGCCGGGUUUCGCUGGUGUCUCUCGUGCUUCGAUGACACCUGCGUUGAGAAGGGCUAGUCAUUUCAACACACAAAGCAUUAGCUCCGUCUCGACCGCAGAGACAUCUUCGACAUCAAAGUCAGGUUCCUCCGUCCAACGGCUUUCCCAGUCGUCACAAUCAUCGCUAUCUUGCAUUGAAGAUGAAGGAGUAUCCUACUCCGAUGAGGACGAAACUAACCGUCAGGGUGGGGUCAUGAGCCCUGUUACGGCGAACAUAUCCCUGUCGCCCACGAGUGAGCUUCCUUCAUCCAAGCUUCUCCGUCGACGUUCAAGAGAGGUGCCCAAAUCGCCUCUUUCCCCAAUCACUUCACCAACUUUGGAUUCCAAGAAAGAAGCUUCGGUCAAACGCACUAACGUUGGCCUACCACCUCCAGCUGUCUCAGGCGUGAGUUCUUUGAGCAUGUUCGGCAGUGUAGGGAGUAGCGUAGGCAAGAAGUGGGAGGAAAUUCAGAAAGGCGAAACGUUCUUGAAGUCACAGAAACGCGCCUCACUACUUCUAUCCGAUGUCUCUCAAUCCAUAUUUGCGGCAUUGGCGUCACCUUCAACGCCUUCAACGCCAAAUUCAGCUCCAGCAUCACGAUCGUGCAGCGCCCGUCAUUCUUCUACUCCAUCAAUUUCCAUCUCCUCAAACCCCUUCUUAGCGACUUUGUCACCAAUUUCACCCAUGGUUUCCCCUUCCGCUCUAUCGACAUCACGUACUGGCUCUCUCCUCGAUGAUGACGAACUUGAGGGAGAUACAGACGUACAGAGCGGUAGGAAGGGAUUGGGUGAGGUUAUGGUGCCCAGUGUUGUCUUCGCUGCCAAAGGUUCAGGCGGAUCUGAGGAGAAGGAGAAAAGAUCGCUAUUAGAUGACGAUGACGACAACUGGAAUUGUUUUUCAUUCCUAUCUAUUUCUUCCUGAGUUGCAUUUUUGUUGUUGUUUAUGUCUACACAUAUUGGAGAGGAUGGAGGUCAUCAUUGUUCAUGUUCAUGAUAUACACACAUCUAAUUGCAUUGGCGCAUGUUUGCACAUUAUACUUCAUUCACGCCGGCCCAAACUCUAUGUAACGCUCCGUAAACUCGGUUAUACCGCUGGUCAGUUGGACUUGC